UCAUUACACCAUUGAAUACAAACACCGUGUGGCUCACUGUCUCAUACCCUUUUAGUUAAACAUUGAUGGGCAAUGUUUACUUGCUAUCCCCACGCGACCUCCGGAUUGCAAGUUUGAAUGGCAGUGCGACGGUACUUGAGGGUCUCUUUUCCUCGCGGUCGCCAGGCCAACCACAAGCGAUCUCUUCCAGAAUUCCACGCUUGCCAAGAGACAACCUACCGGUGAGCACCUGACUAUGUCGUGAGCGCGGUAAACACCUCCACGGUUUGUGAUUUUCUGGUCUGGUGUCUGUGCUUCCACCAUGUGCCCAGGUGCAGCUGACAGCUUUAUCACGAGUGUUAUAUUUGUUAUGUUUCUAUUUUGGGUACAGAGUGCUACUGUUGGAUAACGAUACAUUUAAUCCCCGAGAUACCACCAAAUCACAUGAGCAGUUAUUAGGCUCUUUUCCUUCACAAACUUACUUUUAUUCAACGUUUCGAGCAGCGUGGUGUGAUCUUCUUUGUCAGCAACACACAGGUGAGCUUCUGCGCCAUUCAACUAUAUGCAGACGUCGAUAAUCUCCAGGGAAGUUCAAAUUGUACUCACAAUUUAUUGAAAACUCACAUCACAACUCCUGAUUUUAAUAUUGAGUGUACACCGAGCCUAAUGUUUGUGUUGUCCUCUGAUGCUUAAUGCCAUGACUGAAGAACCAGACAAGGAAAUUCAGUGUGACAUCUUCUGAAUGAUUAAGACAUUCGGCUUUUAAAAGUUUUGCUAUAAGGAUGAAUUGCGAUGAUCGUUUACUGAGAAAGACAAUCGGAAACCGAUUUGUCAUUUUUCUGCGAAUUCUGUAACUAGAUGAUGAACCCACGCCAACCGAACCCGAGGAAAACACGUCUUCCGAAGCUUCCAAAGAACGUAGGCGGUGUGCCCUCGCGACGUGUGAGACCUACCUUGCCACGGGACGAGCUGUACCCAGCCCUGAGCAAGAACAUCAUCAAGGUGAACGGGAGCCUGUACAAGUACAGUACCGGGACUCACGAGGGCAUCUCCCCGAGAACCGUCCACACCGAGCCCAUAGUUCUACCCUCGAUCCGGAGAAAGGUCCAAGCGUACCUGGCGGGGGAUUUGAAGGACAAGGCUCAUCAUCUCGGAGGUCGGUACAAAAGCGAGUCAAUUAAUGUCGCUACCGGGGUGGCGUUUCUGGAACAGAAGCCGGUACCUCUGAUCAAGUCAGAAGCUCCUGGACAUCGAGAGGUGCAGUCCUUCCCGAGGAGGGCGUUGCCUCAAUGGGCGAGCACGCGGUCCAAGACGAAAACCAACCCCAAUAAGAUCGGCUACAGGCUCUCGCCACUCGCGAAGAAAGACAAUGGCGCCGCGUUGGCGACAGAGAAACAAGACUUUCAGGAGGACGGUGGUCGGACGAAGGCGCUGGACGCCUUCAACGAGGCCAAGAUCGAGGAGUUCCGAUGGUGGCACGAGAAGAUGCGACGCAUAAGUGGUGACGACCACCCCCGAGCUCCGCCGAACUCUGCACUCUUUCCCGAACCCUCGACGAACGCUAACGGACCGAACCAUGCUGCAAUGAACCCGGUAACUUCAAGCGUCACACCAUCAAGACGUAAGGACAAAGACCACACGAUUAAAAAACAAAAGACAGCCAAGUCAACCGAUUUCGGGUUGACAUCGGACGGCAACUGCAAUACUUCCGGGAAGAUACACAUUCACCAGCGGAAUAGUUCCAUCGUAGGGAACUCAAUGCAACGGGUUAGUUCCGCCAAAGUUCCAGAUUCAGACCAACCCAAGUUCAAAGCUAACCUGAUCGACGUUCACGUCCCGACUGCACUGCCAGAUUCGACUCCCAAGAAAUCGAAGCAGCGGGAGCGGGUAACGCAGUGGUUAGCUCAGUGCGAGCAGGCGGUGGAGACUUCCGAUAACAAACACUGGUUUCGGUUACCAGGAAUCGACUCCGACGAUUCGCGCUGCAGCACGUGCGAGAAGGAGUUCGCGCACUACGGCGGAGUCGCCAUGUCGACGAAAGACAGCACCGAGACGAGACCCAGUGUCGACUUUACCAAAGCUCGAAUGUCAUCUCGCGAUCGCAAAUUCCAGACGUCGAAAUCUUCACGUAGAUAAUACCAAUUACUUAACGGCUGGUCCGUAAAUGUUUCCUUGGUUUUCCACAAUUUUUCCAUCACUGGGCCUAACUACAGGGUGUACCAGAAUUGACCAUAAAUUUACUAAAUAAUUGUUCUAAUAACAAAGUCCUUGUACAGAGACCCUGUUUCAUUUUGAUUAAGGCUAUGGCAUAAAGUCUUCAAUUAACCGUGUUUAUUUAUUAUUUAUAGUUGCGUUUAUUUGUCAGAAAUUAUAAAUAAAUUAGCGUUUUCAAUAACAUUUACAAAAUACAGUUAAAGUUGCAAUAAUGGAAGUCUAGAUGGAGGUUUGAAGUAACCUUGACCCACCUAACUUUACAUUCACUGUGCUUACACACUCUCCGGCAGUCCUUAUUAUAAUUACUAAAAACAAACAAGCCUAAGCUAACAAUGAAAAGCGCGUACGCCAAUUGCAAUAAUUUAUAUUUUAAGUAUCAUAAAACAGCACAUCAGUGUAAUUAGCCUGUUCUAACGAAUUCAAAUGGAUAAUUAUUGAGCUUUUGUUUGUGUUGGAUGAUCUUCAAGCAGAUUAUUUUUUUGGAGAAGUUAAACAAAGAAAUUGACUGGAGCGGGGUUUGAACCUGCGACCUCCGUUACAAUUCAUCUAGUCAUGCCGUUUUCCUUACUUUGUGGUUCAAAUUUGACAAACAGAUUUUUAUUAAACAAUACUAUGA